AUGGAACCGUUGACGACUAUAGACUUUAAUCAACACGUCAUUGUGCGGUUGCCGUCCAAAAACUACAAGAUAGUGGAACUGAAGCCCAAUACUUCUAUAUCAUUGGGGAAAUUUGGUGCCUUCGAAGUAAACGACAUUAUCGGAUAUCCAUUUGGUUUAACAUUUGAAAUAUUCUAUGACAAUGAAGAUUCUACUGCCGUUGAGAAAACAGAUUCCAAGUCAAAAAACAAAAUUCCAAUCGGGAAGGUAAGGUUACUGUCACAAGAGGUUGAGGAUGAAAGCAAUGAUAAAGAUGACAGUCAUAGUGAACCGCCAUUGUCUACUAAGGAGAAAUCAGUCUCUGUUGAAUUAUCUAACAUUAACAGUAGUGCCACCAAUCAGAAUUUGGUUAACAUGGGUAGUAAGGCUCAAGAGUUAACCAUCGGAGAAAUCGAACAAAUGAAACAAGAAUCUUUAUCUAGUAAAGAAAUCAUUGACAAGAUUAUCAAGUCUCACAAAAGCUUCCAUAACAAGACCGUAUAUUCUCAAGAAAAAUAUCUUAACAGAAAGAAGCAAAAAUUCGCAAAAUAUUUCACGGUUGAGUAUUUGAGUAGUUCUAACCUUCUACAGUUCUUAAUUGAUAAAGGCGAUAUACAGAGAAUAUUGGAUAUGUCUCAAGAAUCAAUGGGAAUGUUAUUAAACCUCGGAAACAUUCAACCAAACGGAAACUAUCUGUGUAUGGAUGAAACUGGCGGCUUAUUAGUUUAUUUCUUGAUGGAAAGAAUGUUUGGUGGCGAUAAUGAAAGUAAAUCUAAAGGUAAAAUUGUUGUCAUUCAUGAAAACGAACACGCCAACCUGGAUCUACUGAAGUUUGCUAAUUAUUCUGAGAAAUUCAUCAAGGAACAUGUGCAUACCAUUUCGUUAUUAGAUUUUUUUGAACCACCCACGCUGGAGGAAAUUCAGGAGAGAUUCACACCAUUGCCUAAAGAAGAAGCACGUGCAUUGAAAGGUGGUAAGAAGAAUUCAUACUAUCGUAGACUAAGGUGGUAUAACACACAAUUACAAGUCAUGGAUUUAACAGGAAAGUUUUUAUACGAUGGUCUUGUAGUGGCAACUACAUUACAUUUACCAACAGUGGUACCGAAGUUAGCCGAGAAGGUUCAUGGUUCAAGGCCUAUUGUAUGUUAUGGCCAAUUCAAAGAGACCUUGUUGGAACUGGCUCAUACUUUAUACUCUGAUUUGAGGUUUUUAGCGCCAUCCAUUUUGGAGGUCAGAUGUAGACCAUACCAAAGCAUAAGAGGAAAGUUACAUCCCUUAAUGACCAUGAAAGGUGGUGGUGGAUACCUUAUGUGGUGUCACAAGGUUAUACCUGCCCCUGAACCGAUCUCAGAAGCUACGGUGGAAGUCGAGUCUACCAGUGCUGCUAUUGGAGAACACGAUGCUAAAAAGCAAAAAGUAUAG